AUGAGCAACAACAACAACGGAAAUUCUGAGACAUUCUUCAAUUCUCAAAACACCGUUGAGAUUUCUAAUAGCAAAAAUGAAAGUUCUGAGCACGAUGACAAGUUUUCCAGACAGAUGAGAGAAAUUAUGCUGAAUCUCCAUACACUUGUCGUGGACAUGUACACCACAAUUAUAAUUGCUGGACUUACUGGUAGCCUUGACAACGUCAUCAGGCCUUCUUUAAUGGCUCGCCUGUACAUCUUCAAAAAGUGCGAGGACCGUGUGCUCAGAUCUUCUGAACAAAGAGACAUUUUGAGUCCUCCUGUGCGGAAACAGAUGCUUGGUAUAAGCCAAGCUUCUUACAAUCGUUUUACUGCCAGGUUCAUGAGUGCAAUUUUUUGGCGUUUCUACCCAUACAACAUCAGACGGGCAGCAUUAACUCAAGAAUCCAAUGAGAUAAUGGCCGGUUCUGGUAUUGCAGUUAAAGGUUCUGGGUACGCCCACUUACAAGAGUAUAUUAGAGCAAUUGAUGGGAAGAUUGUAACCAUCCAAAAGGCAAGCAUUCGAGGCUGUUGUAUUUGGGAUACUUUAAUAUCCAAUAUCAUAUACGAGCCCAGAUAG